UUGAGGCCGCGCCGAGGGGCGGGGGUCGCGCCCGCCCAGCGGAGCCGCGGGGUGCGGGGCGGCCGACGGCGGCGCCGCCAUGAAGCUGGAGGUGUUCUCGCAGCACUAUGAGGACAAGCUGAGCACCGGCAGCGACCAGGAAGGCAGCGGCUCGCUCUCCCCGGCUCCGGCGGAGAGCGAGCUGGGCUCGGACGGUGACUGCGCGGCCAACAGCCCGGGCGGCGGGGCCGGGCGGCCGGGGCAUCCCCCGCCGCCGCCCCCCACGCCGCAGCCCCCGCCGCCGCCGCCUACCGAGAACGCCAAGGGGAAGCCCUACACGCGGCGCCCGAAACCGCCCUACUCCUACAUCGCGCUGAUCGCCAUGGCCAUCCGCGACUCGGCCGGCGGCCGCCUGACCCUGGCCGAGAUCAAUGACUACCUGAUGAGCCGCUUCCCCUUCUUCCGCGGCGCCUACACCGGCUGGCGCAACUCGGUGCGCCACAACCUCUCCCUCAACGACUGCUUCGUCAAGGUGCUGCGCGACCCGGCGCGGCCCUGGGGCAAGGACAACUACUGGAUGCUGAACCCCAGCAGCGAGUACACCUUCGCCGACGGCGUCUUCCGCCGCCGCCGCAAGCGCCUCAGCCGCGCCGCCCCGCCGCCGCAGCCCGCCCGCCCCGCCGCCGGCGUCCCGCCGCAAGUGCCGCAGGAGGCGGCCGGAGCGGGCGCCACGUCCCCCGGCGCUUCCCCGCGGUGCUGCUGCACUUCCUCGCCCUGUCACUGCGCGCCGGGAGCCAAGGAGGCAGCGGCGGGGGGCGGCGGGGCGAGGCCGGCGGGCGGCGGCGGUGCCAAGUUCUCCAGCUCCUUCGCCAUCGAGAGCCUCCUGCAGCGGCCGGCAGGACCCCGCGCCGCCCCGCAGCCGCCGCCGACCCCGCACGGCCGCCUCCUGUGGCCGGCGCCGCCCGCGCCCCCGCACCUGCUGCCCGGCCCGUACCCGCUGCUGCCCUACCCACCUGCCGCGCAGCCCCCGCCCGCCGCCGCCCUCUACGGCGGGGGCCUCCUGCAGCUCUGCGCCUACGGGCUGGGAGAGCCCUCGCCGCCGCCGCUGCUGCUGGGGGCGGGCGGCCCCGUUGGCCCCGGGGAGGCGGCGCCGCUGGCGGAGCGGCCGCGGGCGCCGCUGUUCCACGGCGGGCUCCCCAAGGGCGGGCGGGGGCCGCCGCCCGGCUCCCCGCUGUACGCGCCCCUCCGGCUGGCCGGGCCGCUGCCGCCGGCGGCGGGGGGCUCGGCCUCGUUCCAGCCGUACGCCGUGGAGACCCCGCUGGCUUAAUGGAGCCCCCCUCCUCCCCUGCGAGGGACCUGCCCGGGGAGGCGUGGAGGGGGAAAGGAGGAGGCUCUGGAUCCGGCACUUUAAACUCCAGAGGCGACCACAGCCUCCAAGCAAAAGCCUCAGUGACUGUGCCUUAGUGAAAUGACAGUGGGUUUAA